CUAAACACGUAGCAGCUUUAAAUAAUUUUUUAUGGCAAGAAUGUGAAUAGAGUUUUGAGUGUGUGUGUGUGUGUGUGUGUGUGUGUGAGAGAGAGAGAGAGAGAUGUAUCCCCGCCCACUCUGGCAGCUAACGAAGGACGCAGAGGGGCGUGGCCUGUGUGUGAUACACCUGUGCGGCUUGGAGGUAAGUGACACGCUGAAAGUCCGGAAGUAGUGAAACGUUCAAGAGAGAAGAAGUGAAGAGCCAGGAGCAUGGAGCGCUACAGGUACUUCAUCCUGAACCAGAAGGUGGUGGUGGUGUGGGGCAUUCUGCAGGUGGCCUGCGCCGGACUGUGCGUCGUCUGUGGGUUUAUCGAUGCGGUUUUCCGCAUGAGCACAACCCUCAGUGAAACCAGAGCUCCUCUGUGGGCAGGACUGAUGAUGGCUGUACCUGGGGUACUCGCACUUUUUGCCUCGCAAAGGAAAAACCCCACGCUGGUUACCGUCAUGAUUGUGUCAUCUGUCGUCUCUCACGUCGCCACCGUGAUAGUGUUCGUUUACGCCGGCGUGACGCUCAGCUACGGAGAGGAAGACGACGAACUUUUCCACCCCCAUCACAUCACUGAAGUGAAGUUUGUCCUGAGCCGCAUGGUGAAAGCGGCGAACAGCACCAUGGUGUUAGCCGGAGUCGGCUCGCUCCUCUUCUCCUCCCUCAUCGCGUACGUGGGGUGUCGCAGUCUGCCCUUCUGUGGCUGCUAUGAUUCAGUCACAGGCAUGGAGAUGCUGGUUCCUCAGAAUGACUCAAGUGCUUCAGGUGAUCUGGUCUGUUCAUGGCAUGGAGGAGACGAGCGAGUGUUUAACUCUCCCAUGUCGUUCAUGGAGUGCUGUCCUGAACAGGAACAGGAACUCUCUGCACUUCCUCCAUACAGCAGACUCGCGUAGGCUCUGAAUCACACACUCCAGGUGUUUAUAGCAGGAGUUCCCACUCAGAGAAGAGGAACCUGAAGCUCCUGAAGAACAUGAAGUUCCAUACGCUUCCUUGCACUUCUUUUUACUGACUGAAGUUCCUUAGGUGCCAUUUUAUUGUAUGCGAUGUGUAUUUUUUAAACCUUUUUUUUUUUAAUUUAUGUAAUUUACAUCACAAAAUGCCUGUAUAUUUUGUUAAAUAAAACAACAAAUAUUUAAUAAAUAGUUUUUACCUGGAUGCUUUUUUUUUCUUACUGGAAUGUUCCGGAUGAUUUCUCUGCUCUCUUUUUUCUUUCCCAGUUUACUUUCACGUCGCCUGAGUUUAUAGUCUAGACUGCAACUCUAUCAUUUUCAGCUGAGAGCAAAAGUUUGUAUCCCCUAAUUU